AUGUAUGGCAAGCUCAGUAGUAUUGGAUCUAUUGAUAGGUACGUCAAUUUAUGUGUACCCUCGCAUAUUCACGAUGUACAACCGGUAACUGCGUUGUGGCGCGAUGCGGCGCGCGCCUAUAUGGCAAGGUCGGCGGGUGCGCCUGCUCUGCACGCGACAUUCGUGCGCAAUCACUUUCACUGCGCGUCUUACCAAAUGCGCGAGGAGUUAUGUGAACUAGAUGUGACCAAGAAAUAG